CUGUAUAACCACACCCACUGCCUGGGUUGUGGUUGCAUGUUGCUGUUGCAAAUAAUUGCUCUUCUCAAGUUUCAGACAUUUACAAAGGGAGUAGCCACGACUCCACUUUCAAGGCAGAAACCAGUAGAUAUCUGUCAGAAGCGGCAUCCCAAGAUGAAGAAGAAGCUGCUACUUGAUGUGGACACAGGUGUAGAUGAUGCCCAGGCCAUCAUGGUGGCGCUUGCUGCCCCUGAUGUGAAGAUUCUGGGUAUCACAUGUACCCAUGGAAACACGCCACUGGAGAAUGUCCUCAAAAACACACUCCGUGUCCUCGACAAGUGCGGCCAACUCAAAAAAAUCCCAGUGUACCGUGGCUGCUCUGUUCCCCUGGUGGCCCAAAAACGCCACGCUGGAGAUUAUCACGGGAUUGACGGGCUGGGCGAUGUCCCAGAUAAAAAUGCUCCAGGCUUGGAUUACCUGCAGAAGGAAGGAGCUGUGCAGGCCAUGAUCAGGAUCAUCAAUGAGAACCCUGGGGAGGUGAGACUUGUUGCCGUGGGGCCUCUCACUAAUUUGGCUGUGGCAGUGCAACUGGACCCUUCCCUCCCUGAGAAACUGCAAGGACUCUAUAUCAUGGGAGGCAACACCGAAUCGAGGGGAAACACCUCAGUGUGUGGAGAGUUUAACUUUGUGGCUGAUUCCGAAGCUGCCCAUAUUGUCCUGGAUCGAUACAAAUGUCCCACCUACAUUGCUACCUGGGAGUUCACCUGUGAAAACAGCCUGCCAUGGACAUUCUACGACAGUUUUCUGGCCCCAAAAACUGACAAGGCUGUCUUCAUGAAAGAGAUAUCAGCUUUCUCUGCAAAGAAAGCCAAGUCUGCAGACUAUCAAAAGGAGGUAAUAGCAGGAAAAGGCUUCAACUCCUGUGACACGUAUGCCGUGGCUGCUGCCAUCGAUGACACACUGGUGACAGAGAGUGACCACGUUGCAGUGUCAGUGGAACUGGACGGCACCCACACCCGAGGCAUGAUGGUCGUGGACUACAUGGAGCUGCUCAAUAAGAAACACAAGGCCUACAUCAUUAAGAAAAUUAACUUGGAGAAGUUCAAGAAAAUGCUUGUGAAAUCAGUGGAGUAGAAAGAUCCUGUAACUGACAGAAAUGAAUUCAGCUCAUCAAAUUAAAUGAGAAUCCUUUUCAGCAUGAUAUACUU